CGGGGCAUUGGGUUAUUGAGUCAUUAUUCGCCUCUUUCGAAGACCGGCUCCGUUGUCGCCUGUACCAUCGGACCGCCCUAAUCGGACACUAAAGACCUCUUUGUAGUAAAGUGAUAUGCGUCGUGUUUGAUGAGCCGUUCCAAAUUAACCUAUAUUCACUAGAGCGUGUAAACUUUGCCACACACACACUUUUUUGUGGUGAGUUAAAUUAAGUUAGUUUAAUUUAUUAAGCGGAUUUAUCCUGUGGGUCGUUGCGAACAGUAGUAUGGAGGCUAGAGUUAGAGUGUUAUCGCAUUUACUUAAUGAGCCCUGUCGGAAAUGGAAUGAGAACCAUCAUGUCACUGCUCUUAACAAGAUUCUCAUUACGAACAGUUCAUGCUAGUAUAAAUAGAAGGGAAAUUUAAAACAUUGUCCACAUGGAGAGCAAACAUGUUUUGGAGUAUUUGGCUAUCGGUUACCGUGCUGGGCUUCCUUUGUGCCCCACAAUUUGAAGCAUCCGUCCGCAUCACCAACUAUACGGACGAGUGGGAUCCAAAAUAUCUGGACGUGGAUUUGCGUGUCCGCCGGCUGGAUCAAACGACUGCGAUCGAUUUCGAUUUGGAUCUGAAGCAGGAGCUCGAUAAGAAUGUUGAGUAUGACGUACGGCUGUGUAAACGUGUGGCAGGGAAAUAUCAUCAGAUGAUGUACACGGGCAAGCAGCAACUGUGCGGGAAGGAACUGAGACGAUCGCGUAACCUGCUCGACCGGUACAUUGCUUCGGAGCUGGUGAAACACUCGAACCUGACCACGCGCUGUCCGAUAAAGACGGGACACUAUGAGGUACGGAACUUUGAAAUUGACGAUCGCCAUCUGAUGAUGAGUGUGGUGCCGUCCGGCGAGUUUCUGAUCGAGGUCGGUGUAUACCACCGUGGAAAGGAAAUCAAAAUGAAUCGUUGGUUCGUGACGGCAACGUAAUGGUGCUAUUACAGAUGGAUAGAGAGAUAAGAUCGUUAUUUAGACAUUAGUUGAAUUGCACUAGCUUUCGGGUGUGGGAUGGGGAUUUUUCAAGUGAGUUCUUAUAUUUACAUCAAAUGUGGACGUAGUUGAGAGGGUGACCGCUUACAACAGCCCCUAGUUUAUUAGCUUAAGUCUACCUUGUAUAACUGCACGAAACACAGGCUCCAUCUGCUUCCCGGUGAAUGUCUGUAU